AUGUCAGUCCAGAAGUUCGACCAAUGGGCCAGUAAGCAUGUCGACUUCUGCCAUCUCCAAUCCUUGAAGGAUGCUGUCAUUGGCGUCGACGCUUCCUAUUACCUCGACCUGCGCCUGAACGGCAACAAUGAAGAACCUCUCAAGCAUGCUCUCGGUGGCAUUCCCUUCUGUUUUAAGAAAACCGUCGAAGACGACAUUGGCCUCCUGCGCCAACACGGAAUCACCCUGAUCUUCGUCUUCAAUGGGUUGGACUACGUCAACAAGAGCCGUCCGGACUCUCUGUCGACCGAAAGUCGACGGGUUCAAGAUGAGGCGUGGCAUCACUAUCUCAGUGGUGACAGCAAGCGAACAGUCACGGACUUUGGAAAAGCCAAAUAUCCAAUUGAUAUCAUGACUCGUCCGCUUCAAAAGAUUCUCAUUGAGAACAAAGUUCAAUUUCUGGUCGCACCCUAUAGUGCGACUGCGCAGCUGUCAUAUCUACUCAAGCUACCUGAACAAUACAUCGACGCAGUCAUGGGCAACACGGAGGCAUUCCUCUUCGGUAUUGACAGAGUGGUCACCGACAUCAAUCUCAAUAAGGCAACUCUGAGCCUCCUGACCCGUCAAGCAUGUGAGGAUUUGCUCAAGGUGAACGGAGACGCACUGCGAGAUGCCCAACUGAUUCUCGGUACCUCAUACACACCCACUUUCCCUCCACUCGAGGGCCUUGGACCUGGCAAAUCUACGAGUAUUGUCGAUGCGAUCGCAUUGUUGAACACCGCAAACAAGAACGUCAUACAACUCUGCAACUUCCACCGGGAGCACCCUCAAGUGCAGACCCUCAAGUACGCUGAUCGAUACAAGAAAGCGAUCAUGACCAUUAGACAUCACGUUGUCAUUGAAAAAAAUGGUGCCGUUGCGCCAUUAAACUUUAACACUGCUCCUGGUGAUGUCCAUGAAUUUAUUGGACAGCGACUACCAGAAGAAUUAUUCUUCUAUAUGUCAAAGGGACUGCUGGGUGCGCAAGUUCCAAACUGGCUUACGUCGGGUGAAAUUGUUCUUUCGCUUCCCGGAGGCGUGUUGGAUUCAGAGCCGUAUCGGCGAUUGGUAAUAGAAUUACUCAAUCCCCUUCGUACGGAGGCUCUGAAGAUAUCAGCCGAGUCUCUCAAUUAUUACUACCAGUCCAGAGUUGUCAAGGUCGACCCAUGGGUCCCACAGGACACGAGCAACCUGACGAUUGAAAUCAAAAAUAGCCCUGCCAUCAAGACUCGAUUGGCGCCUUGGAAAGUCCGGGGUACAGAUAUUCAGACCGUGCUAAGCAAGCCCAGUCAUACCUCCUUUUUCCUACCGUGCUUGCAGUCUCUCAAGGACGCCUCAUUUGCGCAAAAGACGAUUACGAAAGAACGAGUGAAGCACCCUGCGCUGACAACACCAGACGAGAUUGUUGUUGAUGCAACCUUCAGAUUUCUACACGUGCGCGGUUAUGUUGAUGACAACCACAAGCUCACUACUUGGGGUAAGGCUCUGGAAGCUGCACUUGCCGUGACAGACGAAGAAACGACUGUGGUGGGGGUCGAAAUGCUGCGACUUGGCCUGUUUACUGGCAACUUCGCAACCGGGACUCCAGUUGCUAGAAGUGACAAGGAUUAUCCACGCAAAGUGUACACGAAUCUUAUCUCUAAAACCGCAUGCUUGGGUCGGAUCCGGCAUAAGCCAAUGGGCUUUGUUGGCCCUCUUGAUCGCCAGUUGUUGACCUUCGCGUGGAAGAUCACAGCUGUGCGGAGAUCUGUUCGGGAUUUACUGGAAACCGUCACAACCAGCAUGUUCCUGAAUGGGGAUGUUGAGCGUGAGAGGGACGACUGGACUUUAUUGGUUUCAAAAUUGCCUUUCGCUGGCGACAAUGGAUCAGGUCUUGGAAUUGCCGUCAAGACAUAUCUGGAUGCUGUCAACGAAGAAGGCGAGAUUACAGAUGCCCUGAAGACAAGUAUCAAGCAACAGGAAGGGAAGUACAACUGGUUUGGCCAGCUCAAAGGAGGAGGCCACUUGACCAAGAGUUUGGAACAAGCAUGGAAACUUUGGGAUGCGGUAUGCCAAAUUGUGACGCUAAUCACCGAGUAG